CUCCAUGCGAAGGAUUCAAAAUUUUCAACAUGUCUUGAAAACGACAACAAUUCGGGAAUUUUCGUAGUUUUCUGGCUAAAAUUCUCAUAGAAGCUUCAUAAAAAUGUCAAAGAGAAAGAGUAAGAGCGAAGAUAGCGACAGAUUUGGUUCAAAGCGUUCGCGUAUUCUUGAAAGUGACGAGGAAAAUGAUGUUCAUGUUGAAAAUAAUCAGGUCGAUGAUGGUAUUCAGUCGUCCGACAGUGAUUGUGAUGACAAUUGUUCACAGAACCCAGGUUUUAUUUCAGAACAGAAUAUUGAGGCUGAAAAUGGGAUUAUUGAAGAAAUUGUUUUGCAAAACUUUAUGUGUCAUUCUCAUCUAACGGUACCAUUGUCCUCUAACGUUAACUUUAUAAUUGGUCGUAAUGGAAGUGGUAAGAGUGCAAUCAUGACAGCCAUAGUUGUUGGAUUGGGUGGAAAGGCCAGCACAAACCGAGGAAAUUCUUUGAAAGGUUUUAUUAAAGAUAAAUGCAGUUCUGCUGUGAUUAAAAUUAAGCUGAAGAAUGGUGGUCGAGAUGCGUACAAACCCAGCGAGUAUGGGCCCCGCAUUAUUGUCGAACGGAGAAUAAACAGCGAUGGUGCUGGAUCGUAUAAAAUAUGCGAUGCUAAAGGAAACGUCGUUUGUCAGAAAAAGAACGAGCUAAGUCAUAUACUCGACCAGUUUAACAUUCAGAUCGAUAAUCCAGUUUCAAUUUUGAAUCAAGACACCAGCAGGAACUUUUUGUACGCAUCUGAUCCGAAAAAGAAAUACAAAUUCUUUCUAAAGGCGACACAACUGGAGCAAAUGAGCAACGAUUACGUUGUUAUUAAAGAACAUCAGAAGAUUAUGUCUUUAACAUUGCAGAAAAAGAAAGAGACAAUUCCUGAGAUGGAAAAGGAAGUUCGACAACUCCAAGAAAAAUAUCGUGAUCUGGAGCAGUUAAAGGUCCUCGAGGUAAAGAUCGAGGAUCUGAAGAAGGAAAUAGCUUGGGCACAAGUUAUGGAAAAAGAAAAGGAAAUGAAACCAAUUACAGGAAAGAUAAAAUCUGAGAAGGAAAGACUUCCAAAAUACCAGGAAAAAUUGAAGAAUGUCAGAAAUGAACUGUCUGAAAUAUCUACGUUAAGUGAUGAGCUAACGAUUAAGCAAGAAGCGAUAAAUGGUGAAAUGAAGCUAAUGAAACAUAAAGCUCGAUCUCAUCUGAAUGAUAUGAAGAAGUCCGAGAAAGAGUUGGAAAACACGCAGCAAGAGAAACAUGAAUUAGAGCGACGAAUAGCGGACAUCACAUCGAAUGCAAUGAGGGACAUUGAAUCGGAGAGACUGGAAAGGUUGUGCGAGAAAAAGGAAGCGCUUCAAUCCGCUCAGUUUCAACUAAAUACAACGAAUCAUCAUAAAACCCAACUUGAAGGCAAUGUGACACGUUUAAACGAUCAGUUGUAUCUGUUAAGAAAUAACGUGAGCGAUGCAAGGAAAAACGUGGAUCAAACAACAAGAAGACUUGAUGAGCUCCGAGAGGGUCGGAAAGAUUCCUUAAAACGUUUUGGUAGAAGAGUACCAGAACUUUUACUCAAGAUUGAAACUGCUGUUAAAUCAGGAAGUUUUCAUAAGCCACCGAGGGGACCAAUUGGUGCACGUAUCAAUCUUCAACAGGAAAACUGGGCGAUUGCAGUGGAAACAUGCUUAAAAGGUCUGGCUUUCGCCUUUUGUUGCACAGACACACACGAUGCAGCAGUGCUAAGAAAUCUUAUGAAGACAUUAUAUGACUCGAACAGAAUGCCUCAGGUCGUGGUCUCCAGGUUUCAGAGAUUUUUAUAUUCAUUUCGCAUUACACUUAUAUUGUUGGUGAUUUGUUUUGUUUUCACUUUAGGAUGCUUUUAUGAUGUAUCAAGAAAUAAACCGCGAUGUUCAUAUCCUACAGUCAUGGAUGUUCUGCAGAUUGAUGAUCCUGUCAUAUUUAAUUGUAUUGUUGAUCAGACUAGUGCUGAAUGUGUUUUGCUCAUCGAGAAUCCCGCAGAAGCCAGAGACGUAAUGUUCAAUCGUACUCCUGAAAAAGCUAAAAUGGCGUUUGCAGGAAAUGGAGAUCAAAUAUUUGGCGGAAGGAGUGCGAAGUCGUAUGCUUACACGGGUAACGGAAGUACCUAUCUUCGUGGAAAUAUCGAUGACCAAAUAAGUCGAGUGGAGCAACAGCUGUCAGAAGAAAGUGAUAAGUACAACCUGCUACGAGGUGACCUUGAUCAUUACAAUAGGCAAUUGAGGGAAUUUCAAGCUGAGUUGAAGAAAAGUAAAAUGAAGAGUUUGAAAGAUCAGGAAAUACACAAUAAGAUAUUGCAGGAAGUAACUGAACUCGAACAGUUCGAGGAAGAAGCUCUUCCAGAUGUCACUGUUUUGCAAGAAGAUGUAAACACCUUAACUCAGAGAAUUGACAAACUAACCUCACAGAGUGACGCAAAAUCGAAAGAAUAUUUGAAAGUCAAGAAAACUUUAGAGGAAAAAACUAAGGAGUCAAAUGAACACAAAUUAAAGAUACAAGAAGUGAUAGGAAAAGCCGAGCCACUUACGUUGCGUUUGAAUACAAUUGAAAGCGAGUUAGCGACAGUCAAAAGCCACCGCAAACAUUACGAAGGCAAGAAGAAUGAAUUACAAAUGAAGAUUGGUCAUCUCGAGGGCGAGUUGGCACGUAUAACUGAAGAUGCUCAGAAAACUGCAAGCAUGGCUACUGAAUAUUGUGAACGUGUUGAGACCAAGAGAACAGUGAAGAGUCUGGAAAGUGAAAUCUCACAAGCUGAGAGGAGAUUGAGAGCAGAACAACAAAGCCGUGGCAGAGUUGAGGUAAUCACUAGACAGUUUUCUGAAGCGAAGCAACGUUUGGAUGAUGUGAAGGCUUCAAUGAAAAGCAUGGCAACUUUUUGUAAGAAACUUGGAAGAAUGCUUGAAGAUCGAUUAUGCGCAUACAGUUCAUAUAGAAAAUUCAUCACUCUUCGAGCUAAUAUGCUAUUUCAAAUGAUGUUGUCACAACGUGGAUACUCCGGAAAAUUGAAACUGAAACACAAAAAAGAAGAGUUACAUUUAUUGGUGGACGUUGAUCAGGCAAAGAAAGGUGAUAAUAAAAGCACAAAAUCUCUCUCUGGUGGAGAAAGAUCCUUUGCUACAGUAUCUUUCAUCAUGGCACUUUGGGACGCUAUGGAAGCACCGUUCAGGUGUCUUGAUGAAUUUGAUGUCUUUAUGGACAUGGUGAACAGAAGAAUUAGUAUGGAUUCUAUUAUGAAAGUGGCUAAGGAACAGCAUCACAGACAGUUCAUCCUGCUCACUCCUCAAGACAUGAGUAACGUUGGACAGACUAACCGUGUUAAAAUAUUCAAACUACAAGACCCUGACAGAGGACAAACGACAUUGCCAUUUCGGCCUGUGUGAUAAGAGUUGCUGUGUGAUGGCAAUCCCUGUUAAAUAAUGAUUCCUGUGUGUCAUCGUUCAGUUCUUAUGAAUAUCAUAAAUUUAAGCUAUAAAUUCAUGCAAACAUCACAUUUGUUUAUAUGAGGAAGGGAAAAAUCAAUGAAAUGAAGGAUACAAUUCUGAUUUUGUAAAAUAGGCGUGGGUGAAAAGUCUCGCUAUCCAAUCCUCUGCUUCCGCUUUGAGAUGCAAAUAUUAAGGAUAAUUACCUUGUUUUU